CAUAUAUACCAUUACUUUCACUUGCAUUGAAGGCUUAAUCAGCUAGCUAUAGCACUUUCGUCAACAUGGGUGUUCUUGCAACGAUUGCUAAGAAUUUGGAUACAUUUAUCGGGCCAGGAGUCACACUUCUUUAUCCUUUAUAUGCAACAAUGAGAGCAAUAGAGAACCCUUCUGCACUAGACGAUCAGCAGUGGCUUACAUAUUGGGUUUUAUAUUCUUUGAUCACAUUAUUCGAGCUAUUCUGUUGGAAAGUCCUUGCUUGGAUUCCAAUAUGGCCAUAUUUGAAGCUGUUUUUUUGCAUGUGGUUGGUGUUGCCAAAAUUCAAUGGAGCUGCCUACAUCUACGAAAAUAUUGUGAGAAAAUAUGUGAAGCCCAGUGACUAUAUCAAUUUUAUCAGCUCAUCAUCAUCAAAGCGCCCAGAGGGACAGAAUAAGGUCCUCCAAAUGAUGAGCCUGGAUGCAAGGAAAUCAGUCGAGCGUUUUAUCGAUCAAUACGGACCCGAGGCUUUCGAAAGAGUCGUCAAAGCAGCUGAAAGAGAAGCGAGGAAGCACUGAAGAGAUCUGGAUUUGUAAAUAUCACUAUAUGGAUGCAGCAGAAUAUGAACUAGUCUUGGUGUAAAUAUAUCAUAUAUGCAUGAUUCAUGUGAAGCAGAUCACAUGCACAUUAAUGUUUCUGCUCAAUGAAAUACCAGUUCUUCUAGCUGUA